AUGUUUAGCAAUGAAGAAAUUUGUUUUCCUAAAAAGAUCUUAUCUAUAUCUGCGGUGACUCUUACUGUAAUUUUUUUGAUAUUUACUAUUAUAAAUGAAUACAAAUAUGUAACUUAUUCUAAAGAGUUGAGGCCAAUAAUAAAAAAUGCAAUUCCAGUUUCAUGUAUUCCUCUAGAGGAAAAUAACGGAAAAAUUAUACAUAUAAAUUGUCCUUUACAAGACCUGGAAACCUUUUAUGCACCAUCAGAAUUCAGUAGUAAUAUUUAUUCUUUUCGAGGAGUGUUUUUUGAAAUGAAAGUUGAAAUGUAUCAAUUGGUAAGAGAUUAUGGAAAUUUAGGUUUGUAUACAAGGGGAAAAUUUGAGGAUCAUAUAGUACGAACACCUUAUAAUUUUCUUUUUUUCUUUAAAAGAAGAAAAAAUCCUACGUUUAUGCCAGCUAUUGGAAAUGUAGGGAGAAAGUAUGCAAAUUAUGCAAAAGCUGGAAAUUACAGACUUCCUAAAAAUUCUCUUAUAAAUUUUCAAAAAAAAAAAAAAUUAGAUUUAGUCGAUGAUGGUUGGUUUAUUGAGUCCGAAGUUAAGCCUCCUUUUACAAUUGAUCAUUUGAAUACUAAUGUUUAUGACAAUUACUUAUAUACAGGGGAUCCAUUAAAUCCUCAAGUAGGUGAUAUUAGAAUAUCAUUUUAUGGUAGUACAGCUGCGCAUGCAACAAUUGUAGGUGUCCAAAAGUCAAGGUUAAUGAAUACUAUAUUUGAAAUAGAUGGGAUAAGUGUGACAAACCAUAAAAUGAUAUUACUAUCUGAAGAUAAUAAAACAAUGAUCAAUCAAAUUAAAGAUUUUAUUCAUAAAAAUUAUGGAAAUAUAACAUCUUUGUGGUUAUUUAGAAUAAUUACAUGUUUUUUUAUAUCUACACAAAUAUUUUCUUUCCUUUCAGAUAACUCAAGGAAUAUAUUUUGGAGAUUUAGUGUAAGUAUAAUUACUUCUUCUAUUGUUUUGUCAUUAUUUCCCUGUGUUUUUUGGUUUUUUUGUGAUACAGCUGUUUUUUUAUUUUUAUUUGUGUUAAUUUUUUUAAUGUCAAUAUCUUUAUUAUUUUUAUGUAACGGUGAGAUGGAUGAUGGAUACAAUGAAAUGAAAAAUUACAUGAAGAGAUCUGUUACAGAACCAACAAAUUAUACAUUUUUAAAUAUACCAGAUGAAAAUGGAGAUAUGGAUGAUGAUUAUAAUUAUCAAAAAAAUAAUGUUAAUGUUGUCUUUGGAUCAAAUAGUGAUAUUUCUUUUUCUCAAUCUAUAAAUAAACAAAAUAGAGCACAAUCUGAAUCUUCUCCUACUUAUAUAUAUCAUAAUUAA